AUGCCAAAACUAGGCGUGAACCUAAACCUACAGAGACAAACUUUACGAUUAAUGUUGGAGCUUUGGGGUUCAGAUGUGGGAGAUGUAUGGAGGAAGAUUAGGAGAGAUGCUAGAGUGCAGCGAGAACGAGAAGAGAGAGCAGGGCAUGUUGAAGACAUGAAAAAAAAAUUCUCUUUACUCUUUCUAUCAACUAGCCUGCCGUCUCAAAAGCAAUAUAGAAAAACUAAAAUCUUGGGACUCCAUAAAAAUUACAAGUACAAAAACUGGCUAGCCCUGAUGUCGAAUGACCCCAACUCGAAGUUUUGA